AUGUCCGUGACCAGUGAGGAGUUGAAUUAUCUCAUUUGGAGAUAUUUACAGGAAGCUGGCCAUGAAGUAACGGCGUUUGCUUUGCAAGAUGAAACUAAAGUUCAUAAACUAGAUGAAAGGUUUGGAAGUAGAGUAAAUAUCGGCUGUCUUGUUGAUUUGGUUCAAAAGGGUAUACUAUUUACGGAAGACGAAAACUUAGUGAAUGAGAAAGGGCAAUUAAAAUCAAAGGAAGAACUACAGAAAUCUUUCUCGUUAUUCGGAGCUAUAGAGAAUGAUAAGAAUGAAAAAAUCGAAUUCAAGGGGAGAUUUGCGUUAGCGGGGGAUGAGGAGGGUCAUGAGAUGACCGAAGAUGAAGGAAAAGAAACUGAAAAGGAUUCCGAAAUGAAGGAUGCAGAUGUCAAAGAGAAGAAGGCAUCAUCGAUACUAAAUGAAAAGGAAAUUCCAGAGCAAGAAAAGGAAGAAGAGUUCGUUAAAGUCCUCGAGAAGUCUUACACGUUUAAAGCAAGUGUUGCAACCAGUUGGAACCCACAGCUGUCAAAAGUCUUGUCACUCGGAGAACACGACUCGACCGCGGAGAUUAAAGUGUUGGGAGGUGACGAGCCUUCGAACACUGUGACGUUAAUUCAUCCUCUAAGUCUAGCCGCUGAUUUUUCCAUAAAUUCCAAGUCACAUAAAGAGGAAAUAACGGCAGUUUCGUGGGCACCAAAAGGCCAUUAUCUAUUAACUGCGUCUGAGAAUGGGGAAUUGAGAUUAUGGACCGCCGAGGGAAAACUAAGAAAUGUAUUAACUUUACACCAUCUGCCAAUAUUGUCGAUCAAAUGGAAUCAGGAUAGCACAUAUAUAUUGACACUAGACCUGCAAAACAACGUUAUUGUAUGGAACACCGCUACCGGCAGCGCGAUUCAGCAUAUUGAUCAAGAAUUGUUGAAAUCACUAACAUCGAAUCCUCAUAACACAAACCAAGAAAGUGGGAUAUUAGGCAGUGAUUGCACUUGGAUUAAUAAUACCAAAUUCGCGAUUCCCGGUAUUGAUGGAACGAUUGUCUUAUUCCAAUUGAAUGACAAGACCCCAAUAGGAUAUCUCUUUGGCCAUACCAUGUCAAUUGGAUGUUUGUCUUAUAACAGCAAACUUCAUUUGCUAGCCAGUGGCUCGGAUGAUGCCAGCAUCAGGAUAUGGAAGAGCAACUCAUCGUCGAGUGUUCAAACUCUUUUAGGUCAUGACCAAGGAAUUGUGAGUAUUGAUUGGUUAGAAUUGGCUAGUGAUAAUAAUACGCCGCUAUUGUUAAGUAGUUCUUUGGAUGGGUCAGUAAAAUUAUGGAAUGUGUACAGUGGUGCUUUGUUACUCUCGAACUUCAUGGAUGGAAUUCCAAUUUACGAGGCAUCGCUAUCGCCAAACAAAAAGUGGUUUGCCGUUGCCACUGAGGAAGGGGUUGUUUCAAUAUUUGAUGUGACCCUGGAGAAUUUAACAAAGAUUAUUCAAAGAAGAGAACUGAUGAAUUCAGUGGGGCAUUUGAAAACCCUUGCCCAGUACCAACCAGAGGCAUCGAACGAAAAUGAUAGUAACUUUGUGACCAGCAUAUCAUGGAAUUGUGACUCUAAACUACUCUGUGUAGCUUAUAACAAAUCAGAAACCGUGGUAAUUGAUUGGGGAUUAUAA